UGGGCUCUAUAUCUAAUACUCCAGUACGUUUGGUGUUCGAGUGUUUUGUGGGUUGAACGACUUAUUAGCGCCAUUUCUAUAAGAAGAUAUUCGUCAACUGAAGAGUAAAAUGUUAGGGGGACAUUUCACACAGCAGAAAUAGCUGAAAUAGAGACAGCAUUUCUUAUUAGAGCCUGACGUAAUAAUAAGCUGAGACAAUUCGUUUGUUUUGUCAUCGUUUUAUAUGCCUUAAAAGGAAGCACGAAACUCUCGUUUUUCAAGGAUGAAAUCAAGGAAACAAAGAGAGCGUGAGAAUUAUGAAAUAGCCUCAAAGCUCUAAUUGCUCAUCCUUGCAACUUUGCAAGCUUAGUCCACUCUGUGUGGUAAGCAGCAAGACGAUUUGUCCUCUCAUAUGCAUGAGCUCCAAAGAGAUCCCUUUCUCGCACGCCUUUAAGUGUCCAAGUACAUACGCAAGACUUGCACACAUUCCUGGUGUGCUUAUCCCAGCAGAGAUGGCCAAACCCACGACUCUCCUCUACAUCAGGCUCGACCACUAAGCUUUGCCAGAUUCGGGUUUCUCUGCUAAGCUUUCUUAAUUAAUCUUGUCCAAGAAAAACUCCCUUAAAUCUCGCACGCCUGAAUUCAAGUUCCACUCCUUCUCUAAGCUCUAAGCAAAUCCAUAAAAUAGAGAUCUCUAAGCAUACAAAUUUUGCCUCACAUCAUCAAUCAACAUCUUCUUAUAAAUCCCGUGAGAUGCAAGAACCAUUAUCCUCCUUCAAUCCAGCUUCUUCUAAUAUCCUCUCUCAUCUUUCAAUAGUACCUCAAGUAGUACUUACCCCUACAUGGAAAUAUAAAGAGAGAUGAGACUUAAAUUUUCUACUUUGAGAGUUCCAAGCAAUCACACUGAUGGUCCAUCAGAAAAAUUGGAAAUGAAAACGCAAAUAAAGAAGAGGGAUCGAGGAGUUUCUGGUUACCUGCUCACCAAUCUCAUCAACAAUCUCAGGGGCAAAAUAAACCUCUUGUUGAAUAUCAGCACUAACUUUCUGGUUCUUCCUAGUGUAGGUACAACCGUACAAGAACUGCUCUGAAACAUUCCAUUUCUAUCAAUUGAAAACAAGGUUAUGCAAGAUGGAGCAACCCUAGAAGGAUAUGUAGCUUCUAGGAGGAUAAGAUUUGACAAAUUCACACAUUAUGCACCAUAAUUGAAAGAGCAGCAGCAAAAAAAUAAAAUAAAGACAAUUGAUCAGAGAUUUAUUGGAAUGUCUCCAAAUAUACCUUAAGCUCCGUUUUCUUUGUUCUCCUCCGUUGUGCACGAGGGAAGACCAACACUAAACUUUCUGCGGUUACUUAGUUUGACAGACAUAUCUGAAACAGCUGGAAUAUACUGUCCUACGGCAACAUCCAAUGGUAUACCUAUAACAUCUUAGUAUAAAUUAAUAAAACAGAAAGUAAUAAAAAGUAAAUUUUCAUUGGGUAGAAAAUCUAAUGGAAGAAACACGAUCACGUUGUGUUUGCGGCGGCUUACAUGCUUCCCCACUUAGAUACCAAGAUUUUGCCGGCUUACCGACUGGCGUAUCAUUUUUAAAUUAAUUCAUUCAGACAAUAAUACAAUUUUAGUUUCUGUUACAAAAGAUUCUCCCUAUGUGACAGAUAGAGACAACACUUUUUCGAUUUUAGAUAAAGACGAGACUUGUCUCUCAAAUGGAGAUUUUCUUUUUGGACUUUUUUUCUACUUUCUUCUAAGUGGGAAACCGAGAGGAGCUCUCCGAAGACCAUUACAAGAAUUCUUUUGACUGGUUCUUUUUUUUUCUUCUGAGAAUCCUUCUCCAUUUUGUUCUUUAUAACUCAGCCUGGAGUGGCUCUGUGAAUUUUCUCUGGGUGGAAGAAUCUUCUGAUUCUUGAUCUGUUUAACAAUAGAGUCAACAAGAGCACACGCAACUUUCUAACGGGUAUUGAGGAAUCGAAGAUCUGUUUUGGAUCUUCAUAGUCUGAGGCAUAAUCUGCUUUCACACGAUGAUGGCUUGGUGCUUACGGAAGAAACGGUAUGUGAAAGCUAAGCUCUCAUGGAAGUCUAAGAAGAAAGACUUGUCUCCUUCAGGUAACUGGCAACCAGAGGAUGACAGCGAUGAAGGCAAGAUCGUCUUCUUUGGAGGAAGUAACUAUACCUUUGAUUUGGAUGAUUUGUUAGGUGCAUCCGCUGAAAUUUUGGGGAGAGGUGCUUUCGGCUCAACCUACAAAGUAACUGUGGAUGAUGAUACAGCCACGGUAGUAGUGAAGAGACUGGAGAGGGUGGUAGUUGGAAGAAGAGAGUUUGAGCAAACAAUGGAGAUUGUUGGUAGCAUCAAGCAUGAGAAUGUAGCUGAACUAAAAGCUUACUACUAUUCCAAGAACGACAAGCUCGCUGUUUACAGCUAUUACAGUAAAGGAAACCUCUUCGAGGUGUUGCACGGUGAGAAGGGAGUAUCGCUAGAUUGGGAGUCUCGAUUGAGAAUAGCGAUUGGUGCAGCAAGAGGAAUGGCUAUUAUACAUGGCGCAGAUGAGAGGAAGCUUGUCCAUGGGAACAUCAAAUCUUCCAACAUCUUCAUAGACUCGCAAGGCAACGGUUGCAUCUGCGAUCUCGGCUUGACAGCCAUCACGAGAUCUCUCCCUCAGACUAGUAUUUGUUCUUCGGGUUAUCGCGCUCCGGAAGUAAAGUGCACAGAGUUUUCUGAUGUAUACAGCUUUGGGGUAGUGUUACUGGAGCUUCUAACAGGGAAAUGUCCGAGUGCGCGAUCAGGAGAUCUGGAAAACAUGGACUUGGCAAGCUGGAUAAGGUCAGUGGUGUCGAAAGAGUGGACGGGAGAAGUGUUUGACAUAGAGCUAAUGAAGCAAAUAGGUAUAGAGGAAGAGAUGGUUGAGAUGUUGCAAAUAGGUUUGGCUUGUGUUGCCUUGAACCCACAAGAUCGACCUCAUGCAGCAGAGGUUGUAAAGAUGCUACAAGACAUUCAUUCCAACACUUGA